AUGGAAAUAAUUGAAUCUUCUUCACCUAUAUUUAUUGCUAUAGAUGAUGAGGAUGAGGCUAAUGAAAAUGAGACAAGCAGUAAUGAAGAACUCGAAUUUGUAUUAGGUAACAAAUUAUUCAUAAAAUUAUCAGAUGGGACUUUAUUACCUGCAAAAUGUAUUUUGCCUAAUGAUUAUUGUGUAAUUUUUAAAAUGCAAAGAGAAGCAGGUGCUGGCACUCAAUUAGCUAAUGCACAAGAUUUCAUCAAGCUUAAAGCCGAAUAUUCAAAACUAGCUACAAGAAAAAGUGAUGAGUCAAAUUUGGAUGAUAGUGAAGAUUAUGAAAGACCAAGCAAUGCAAAAAAAAUGAACCAAAUUUCAAGCUUCUUAUCUUUAUCUUCAUGUGACAAAGAUAAAAAUCUUAAGGAAUCACAUGUUGAAAUAAAUUUUACAAUGCUUUCUAUAUGGGCAAUAGACACGACUAAAGGAUUAGCUACAAUCGAAAAGUUUCUAACACAUCCACUUUUUUCCCAUUUUAAUACAUUACUUAAAAAGUCUUCGCAAGUUACUUUGCUGCAAGAAAAGCCAUCAGUUUUAUUAUCUUCAUUGUCAAGUAUGCAGCUACCAUUAUCAACUCAACCAAUUUUAUCAUCAUCAUCAUAUUUCCAAACACAAGUACUAUCAGGUUUGCUAUUACAAAUACAAGCACCAUUUGUUUUACUGUCGUAG